AUGACUGCAUCGAAAGACUUAGGAGAUACGGUUCUAGUUUAUCAGGGUCCAUUGCUUUAUGAUUCUAAGAUAAUCAGAGUGUACGAUCAGAAAACACAUAAAAUAAAACGCUGGAACGAAAAGCAAAAACAGAUAGUCGAGGUCAACGCGGAUAGAUCUCUCCCUGCAAAGCUCAAAUCUGAAAAUGCAUACUACGUGCACUACCAAGGAUGGAAUAAGAAGUGGGAUGAAUGGGUCGGUGAUGACAGAAUGAUUGAAAAGAAUGCACAGAAUAUUGAUUUGCAGAAAAGUCUAAAGCUUCAACUGAAGGUCCGCCAGGAGCUUUCGAAGGCUCCGAAGUCUCCAAAAGCAUCAAACUCUGUAAAAGAUGGACAACAUUCUAGGCCAAGAAGUCGUUCCGGAAGCCACGUUCCUUCGAAGGGGGUCAAAAAAGAGUAUGGAGUGGUAAAAAAGCACAGUUUACUUACAGGAAAUGGGGACAGUCGAAGCCAUAUGUUCAGAUCAUCAAAAUCAAAAUCGCCUCGUACAUACGCAAACACAUUUUACGAGCAACUUUCCAAGCAUUCUUCGCAAUUCAGCGUUACUGUUCCGUCCCAGAUUAAGUUAAAAUUAGUCAAGGACUGGGAGAAUAUCACAAAAAACGAGAAGCAGGUUAUUUUGGACAAGCCAUGUAGUGUUUCUGAUGUUUUGCGGCAGUUCACUAAGUAUAUUUGUCGUGAUCUAAGUGAUGGCUAUAUAACGUCGUCUGCUGAUGAAAAGCGAAACCCGUUGGACGACGCUACUGUUGAUAAUUUCCUCGAGAUAGGUGAAAGCUUGAAGUUAUAUUUCAACAGAUCCGUGGGUUCAUUGCUUCUGUACAGGUAUGAACGUGAACAGUACAAGGAGAUUUUGAAGAAGCACGAAAUGGAUGAACUUGCUGAUGUAUAUCCUCCAAUCUUUCUUCUUAGAUUGUGUGUGAUCUUUCCAAACUUGAUGAUAGAGAGCAAAAUGGACAUUGAUAGCUUAAAGAUAGUACAGCAAUUUUUAGAGCUGUUUUACCGUUGGUUGAUAGCCAAUGAUGGCAAGUAUUUGAAGGUGGAAUACGAAAACUGCAUGCCUCUCAUCCCAUUCAUGCAGUGA